GAGCCCGUUGGUUCUUGCCAUGAAACUUGCUAGAAUUAAAUUAGUAGUUUCCGGAAGCUUUGAGCCAGAACUUUCACAUUUUACUAAGAAGGAUGCACUUUUAUCUUCCUAUGAUACUAACCUUUUGGAUGAUAAUAAAGUACAUGCCAAAAUCUCUAUCGUAAUUUCUAAUCAUCAAGCUUAUGUUGAUUCUUUUUUCAUCGGACUUUUGCUUCAUUGCGAAAAUAGCGCAGACGGGAGUAUGCUUUGGGCCAUAUGGAAAAUGUUUUUAUUUACGCCGCUUGGAUGGGCCGCUUACAUGGCGGAUAACAUUUUUCUAGGCUACGGAAAGAUAAAAGACAGCAGAAUUUUAAAAAAUAAUUUGUCUCGCUUUACUUUUAACGGAUUCAAAACUUUUUGUUUCUACCCGGAAGGGGGACUGUUGCAUCCAAAACUGCAGCAAAAAUGUUAUUAGCUGCCAAUCAAAUUUUAUCUCUUAUAAAUUGUAUCAGAUUAUUGCUUCCGGUUGCUUAUGCAAAAAAAUUAAAUUAUCCAGUCUAUAAAUACGUGAUGCUUCCGCGUGUGGGAGCCUUUAUUGCGGCUGUUCAGCGCUUAAAGGAACAAGGCUGUCAAAAUAUAAAGGAUGUAACCAUUGGUUAUUCCAGGAGCACUCCUUGGGGAAAAAAGCAAAUCUAUAAUCUUCUUGAUGCUUUACUUAUACACGCUUUUCCUCUUCGAGUGCAUAUGCAUCUUCGACAAUUUGAUAUAAGCUCUGUUGGCGAAACCGAAGAAGAAAUGAAGUUUUGGUUGUUCAAAAGAUUUAAAGAAAAGGAUUGCUUGCUUUAUCAUUUUGAUAUCCACCAAUCAUUUUCUUCACCAGACCUUUCGCCCCCCAUGGAAAUUUCUCCGUCCGCCAAACUAGUUAUAAAGGAUUUAUUAUUCUGGAUGGUUAUGCAAUUACUUCUUUUUGGAUUUUUGAUUAAAAUUUAUUUCAUAAGCGAUGAUUAUUUAUAA